AUGCUAAAAUUUGAGGCAUUCAAGAAACAACAGCGACUGAUUGAGAGAUCACCUUAGUUUAUUGUGCAAUAGUUAUUAUAGAGGAAGAUUGUGUUUAUUCGCGAAAACUUUAGUUCUAAGGAGAAUUUCAUGAUUCAAGUAAUAAUUGGUGGCUAACAACCUUAGAAAGAAGAAUCAUAAGAGACAAUUUAUCUGAAGCCAGAAAGUGGUGAUCAAGUGAUGAAUGAGUUGACAAGAAUAGCAAUGUCAGAAAUCCCUGAGAACGAACAAUUAGAGUACCAUGUAAGGGCUUAGUAAUUGUUGGAUUACUUCACUUAGAAUCAGAUACAAGUCCAAUACACAACAGUUUUAUUUCAUAAGAUCAAUUAUGCAUUGGCUUUGAGGAAGUAUGGUUUGUCAGAGGAAGUCAUCAAUUUAUUACUGGAUAGCGAUUAGAUUCUCAAAAUCAAAGGGAAACAAUUGAAAAAGCAGCCUCUGGAUAUCCAAUUGUUAGCUAGAAUUGUAUAAAACAAACUAAUGAGAUUGCGUAUCAUCUUUUAAUGUACUUUAUUAUUUUCAGAAAGCAGAAGAAACAAACAGGCAUUGGAAUUGGCUAAAAGUGCAUUAAAAUAAUUGAAAGUCAUCUUUGAAACAACCAUCAAAUUAUGUUAAUAGAUGAAUCUAACUAAUUUAAUAAAUAAGAAAUAAAGAGCCAAUUCAGAAAUGAAUCUAGCCACCCUGACAUCUUAGCAACCCUAAAAGUUAUCCUAUAGUUAGAUUGUCGAAAUGGUAUUCAAGGAAAUAUUGGCACUCAUCAAAUGUUCAAUGCCCCAAUCCUAAUUCGAAGAUAGGAACACUCAAAUCAUCAGAAGUUAUCAUAGUAGAAGUCAAUCCUUAGAUAAGUACAGCGAAUAGAUCUCUAUUGGAAAUACUGGCAAUCAUAAUAAUAAGUUGUAUCCCAAUCUUAAUGAUAAUCAUCCCAUGUUACAGAUGCAGAUCCUAGGUUUGAUGUAAAUGACACAAGUGGACAUAGAAGAAUUGUAUCCUAUUAGCAAUCCUGAAAUGGUAGUUACAGAAGAAGUCAUACUAGAAUUGAUUAUGUUGGCUGGAUUAAGUUUCUAUAGUAUAUCCACUGAAUUGAGAUUCAUUAACUCUAAUUUUGAUAAUCGAUCCAAUCUUGAAAUCUGGCUAUGUAAGAGUCUCGAAAUCUAUUACACUUAUGUUCCUCAUAUGUCAUAGAUUUUUAAUUAAAUUUACCAGGUUUACAAGAAACUCUAUGGUGUAGACAAGCAAAUGAUACCUGAGGAUCAAGAAAUCACACAUUUAACUAAGUUAUUGCGACCACACCAAUUCAAUAACAGGGCUACAUUAGCUAAUAAAGUAGUGAUAGUAAUUAAAGUGCCUGAAGGUCCAGGAUCUGCAAUUAAACAUGCUAACACUCAAUAGAAAACAAUACCAUCUAACAAAACAAGCAAAAAACAUCUUUUGACAUAAGUUGAAGACCAAGAUGACACAGGAAGAUCUCCAAGUAGGUUAUUUUUAAAACCAACUAAAUCAUAAUAAUAAUAGCCUUUGGAAAUAAAACAAAGAGUGGAGUUCCUAAUGAAUCAUAUAUUAAGUCAACAAGCUAAGUUGAGUAAGGAGAAGGUGAAAGUGAUUAAGAGUCGACUGAAACCUGAUCUGAGCAAUGGUAAUGUCGGGAUGACGGCAUCUACAAAUACAACAAAUAAUACUACAUAGAAUACAACACAAAAUUCAGCAAAAUCCCCUCCAAAACUUUUGAGUCGUUCUCUCUCGAAUUCUCGUAAGGCUAGUCAGUGUGUGGUGCCUGCUUAAUUGAAUAUUCAGCAAGCAUUGCAUCAAACUAGAACAGCAUAAUUAAAGUAUAGAUAUCGGAAUCAAUUCAAUACAUUGCCCAUUGAGGAGAGUCCCACAUAAUUUAGUAGCUAAAGAAAACAAGGAACUUUGGAUUCGGCAAAGAAAUAAUACCAAAAUAAAUAUUAAUUAGUACUUUAGUAGAAGUUACAGAACCUCAAUUGA